AUUCCCUUUGAUAAUUCCACUGACAUUUUUCAAACCACGCCUCAUCUGAUUUCUGUGUAACUGUCCUCAUUAACAGCUGUACUGGUGAAGAUGAAUGUUCUGGAGGCUUCAGGAGACCCAGAGGGAGAAGGCAGUGAUGACUUAACAGGACGGAAGAAGUCCAGGUUAAAGUCUAAGUCACGCCUGCUUGGGAAGAUAAGGAGGAAACAGGAUGAUAGUGGCAUGAAGCCGAGCCAGUCUGAAAGUGACAUCACACGGCGUGUGGAAGACUCAGAUUGCUCCAAAGGCAUGCUGGGAUCCCGGGCAUUUUCACAUGACAGCAUUUUUCAUGCACAGCACAGUCAUUCAGACCCUGAACCACUAAGAAUUCUGUCUCAAGAGAACAUUCAUGGCAAAAUCCGAGCUCUGCAGAUAAAGCUCCAGCAGCAAAAACUGCAUUUAGGUCCUCCCCCACUUCUGUUGCCCACUAAACGGCGUGAAGACAUGGGUGGAAGUUCAGAAGGUGACAGCCUUUCUCAUAGCUCCCCUGAAGUAUCCCUUGGAGAAGGACUAAAUAUGAGCAUAUCGAACAAGUUUUCUAUCCCUCCCAAAAACCAUAGCACCUUGAGCUUAGCUGAAACAAGAAGUGAGGAGGAAGAACAAACCUCUUCACAGCUGAUUUCUCCUCGGCCGGUCAGCCCAGCACCUGCAACCCUUUCCCCACUUGCCCCUGGCUCAGUGGACUUCAGCACUCUUCCACAAUUCACUUCCCUCCUGGACAACUCUGCUGCCCGUCACCGUAUGUCCCUCAAACCUAAGAACCAAAGAGCCAGUGCCAAGAACAGGAGGGUGACCACUUCGGCUGGAAGCAGAGCGCGAUCUGAGAGUUUGAACAAUCUGGACCGAUCGCUGACUACUAUGGAGAAAGAGACUCUCGUAAAAGAGAUACCUCGCGCUUGCUCGUAUUCCACACAGGUCUUACGGGGAGAGAGGCUUACGACUUCACAAAUCAAGAGUCUAGUUCCAGUUUCACCUUUAAUGUCUCUUCAGAUUUCUGGAGAUAGUAGACAAGUUUCUGCUGAACCUGAGAUUGAGAGAAACAUCCUGUCCACAUCACCUCCAAGCCCUAGCCUACGUGAAGCAACUCCAGCUGCGUCAUCAGUAGCCAAACCACCGAUCCCAGUGGUGCCAGUUGACAUAAAGGGAAAAGGAGAAGUAAGUGAGAUGUUUAGUAGCACCAAACUACUCAAGAACACCCAAAGUAACAUUGUGUCAACUGUAAGCCCAACUGUAAGACCAAAUGUAACUACCACACCAGAAUUAAGUGCUGUGAAAGAUGAGAAGUCUAAUGCUGUGCUAAUACAAACCAAGAUGGACAAAAACAGUGUUCAGAAUGCAGUAAAUAUAGAGAAAAACCUAGCCUCUACUCAUGCUUCAACCAGUGUGAUUUGUGGAGUAAAUCUGAGACCAUCAUCUCUGAGAAGAAAUAUACCUUCCACAGAAGACAAACAUGAGUCCAGGACCCUUCAGCCAGUCAGCACAGUGUCAACUUUUAGUCAUGAAGAUCACACUCAAACAGAAUCCAUUAAACGCCAAAGAACCGUGUCUGGAUCGUUCCACUUUAAUGUCUCCUCAGACAAGAGUCAAGAGCGGCCGAGGACUGCAAGCUUCACUGGAGUAGUUGGACAAACUGGACUGAAAAAGGAACCUCCAACUCCUGCCAAACCUCCUUUAAAUAUCAAGAUAGAGCGGCAAGUAAGUUCACAAGUUGAGAAAACAAUAAAAGGCCUGUCUGCUAACUUUCCACAAAUUUCAAAGAAGGAAGACAAAACGGACACUUUUCCAGUGAUACCAACAAAGUUCACUGAUCUAGCAAAGAGACAUCCUCGGGACCCGGAUGUGGAGGAGAGUCAGGACAACGAGAAGCAGGAGAUUGGGGUAGAGGCUACUGAAGAAGGAGUACAGGAGGUGGAGGUGGGAGAAGAGGCAGUCGAGGAUGUGAUGGAAGAUGUGAGUGUGGGAAAAGAUAGAGAGGCUACAAAUGCAUUCGGAGUGAAGCUUCGCUCUACCUCUCUUUCGCUGAAGUUUCGCUUGGACAAAGCUCAAUCAGAAGACAAAGAAAAACACCACAGUGCAUCGAUUUCACCUCCAGCCUCACAAUCUGAUUCAACCAACUGUGUGCAACCUGAAGACCAGUGCACUGGCAUUGGGUCUACUAAAGUCCACGAGAAACUCAAAGAACCUCCUCUCCAAACUGAUGCGUCCGCAACCUCAGUUCAUUCCUCCGGUUCGCCACCUAAGAGUUUCUGUAGAGACAAAGAGAGAGCUGGCAUCCUCAGACAGGCUGAACCUCCUCAGCCCUCAUCAUCAGCCAGCAAAUCCAGCAAGAUUGUACCUUUACCAGCUAAAGAAGGUACAGGCUUGCCUCCAGAAGAGACUACAGCUGUAUCCUUUCAGGAAAACCCACCAACGUCUACUGCUUCAGAGGUGUCCUGGAUGGAGAUGGCCAGAGAGAAAACCAGAAGUCUCCAACAGCUCUUUACCAGUAGGCUGCCUGAGUUUCCUAGCUUGCAGUCUCGACCAACGACCUUCACUACAACACAACCACAAACCCAAACAUCCACUUCACAAGCCAACCCAAGAAACACACAGAACAUUUCAAGCCAGCCUUCGAUUACACAACCUCUUUUGAAACCUACUGAAACAAAUCCGCUGCCUUCUACACAGCAUUCUGGAAAGUCCACACAAUCUGCCUCUCAGCUGAUGCAAACUCAGACUAGAACAACAACAAACCAACCUUCAGCAAAUUCAAAUCAGACUCAGAUUGACAGUACCAGAGAAGUCCAGUUUCAGUCCAAGACUCAAAUGUUUAAUUCAACAACAAAUCCAACCCAGCCUACAGUUACAUGCACAUUAAAUGUGCAAUCCACUGCUGUAAACACAGCAAAACAGCCAUCACAAGCAUUGGCACCACAGACACCACCCAUCCAGCCAUCAUCACCAAUACGAGCAUCAUCACAGACCCCCACACAAGCUAUACUGCGUCCCACAGCACCCCCAGGUUACCCAUAUCUGUCGUCAAGCCCAAAGUUAAUAUCCCAACAGUUUCCCAAUACUGUCUCAAAGGAUCAGCCUCAGAAUGAGGGGGGAGAGCCCAGUGUAAUCUCAGGGAAAGCUGACAUGGCGUCUGCGUCUCAGGGGAUAGGGACCGGGCCUGAAGAUGGCAGACCAGUGUGGGCAGCAGGGUUAGGAAACAAGACCUCAAUCUUACAGCGCUGGGAGAACCAAACAAAUGCUGCAACCAAGACAGGUGAGUCAAAGUCCACAGCAGAGUCCCAAACAACAUCUCAAUCUACAGCUCCUCACAGACCGAUCGCAAAGCUCUCAGGCACAGGGUUCAACUCAAGUUGGUCAAUGCAAGCAUCAGUCUCUCCUGUUCCCACGAGGUCAGCAGACAGAGAGGAUAAAUUGCAGCAGGAAGAUCAACCUUCGUCAUCACCAUCAUCGUCAUCUCCUCUGCAGUCUGUCUGUGACACUGCCCAACCAUCCUGGAUGGAGCUGGCCAAGAGGAAAUCCCUGGCAUGGAGUGAUAAGACUAUGGACUAAAAAACAUAGAGUUGGAUGCUGAGAUUGGAGGAUC